CCUGAGCCCCGACUACAGCUGCCAGGGAGGUACAAAACACAUCAGGAAACGUUUAUAUAUCUGUUUUUUUUUGGAAAUGUCCAACCUGCCCUCUCAUGUGUCCAGGGUGAGGUCACUUUACAAGAGGAUCCUGCUGCUGCAUAAGAUGCUUCCUCUUCAUCUCAAGGCUCUGGGUGACCAGUAUGUAAAGGAUGAGUUCAAAAGACACAAAAAUGUUAAUCCCCAGGAAGCCACAUUUUUUAUGCAGGAAUGGGAGGCCUACGCUGCAAUGUUGUGGUCGCAAGCUAAAGAGCAAGUACAGCAUUCAGGACUUAAAGGAACCUAUGGAGCUAUGUUGACAGAAGAUAAACUUAAUCAUUUUCAGGAAGAACAAAUUGUACAAUUACAUGAACUGAUGCAAGAAGCUACAAAACCUAAAGCACAAUUUGAGGUUUUAGAAGAUAAUGACCAGAAGAAAUAAAAAUUAGUAUUAUGUGGGUGCGUUUUUUUUUUUUUUACAAAAUAAAUGGAUAUUUUAUUGCUUUAUAGAAUUGCAUUAUUCUUUGACAAAUUAUUUGACAAAUAUAUAGUAUUGUGAUCCAUUUAAUGGAAGUAACGAUGUAUUGCUAUUAUAACCUCUUUUUUUGUGUUAGCCAAAAAUGUUAAAUAAAGGUUUGUUUCAAUAAAAAUUAGAUGUUUGAGAUCCA